UUGACUCGGGCCGAGUCGGAAGCGGAUGGGAUAGGGCUGCCUGCCUCCGUCGCCCGGAAUCACGGGAAUGCUCUCCACGUUUCGAAACGAAUGCUUCGUCGUUUGGCAAAGCGGGAAGGAGAUUGAAGUCUCGCUCAUCACAUUUGGUUUCCCAAAGUUGAUUAUUGAAGGGGAGGAAGCAUGAACACAAGGCCGUAGCAAUGAGGAAUUUAUGGCCCCAACCACCCAUCAGGUCAAUCAUGGUGAUGAUCAUCAUGACCCAGGUCUCCCUCUCUUCUUCCAUUUAAUGCUCUUUCAUCCACCGCCAUUAUCACAUUUAUCCACAAACAUCAUUCUUCACCGCCAAUUCUAAGGCAGGACCAUGCAAAUGGGCUUUCAUGUCGUGUUGUUAUGUUUGUUUUUUUGAGUUUACUUUCCAUUUCAGGGCAGCCACUGCUCCUCCACCGGGGUAGAGCCACAAUAAAGGCGGUAAUAGGGAAAGGUCUUUGUGAGGUCCACAUCUAUAUUGCCUUGGUCUGUGUAAUUUGCAUUUGCUCAAUGGCUUUAAACUCGAGUUUGCUUCAGCAUUGCAUUUGAAAUAACCGUUGUGUGUUUAUAUGAUGUAUUAAUUUAUAGAACUAAUCAAUCGAAACAACGCCAAAUCGAUUAGAUUUCAUCGAAAUCGGUCCGUGAAUCACCUUGAUUGCCUGCUGUCUGUUGUAAAAAACAACCUCACUUGCAUAUGUACAUGUAUGUAUCAACACAUUAUCGCCGCGUGACAUUUAAUGCUCUUCAACCGUCAGGAACUUUAACCACUUAAUAUUGCAUUCCCUCUUCAUUCUGGUACCGUAUUAUAUAAACCCUUUUUUAUGUUCGUCACGUUCCUCACCAUCUUUCUUCACAAAUAUCGGAAUCCCCGCUCUUAUCGGGCUCCCGAGAGAGAGAUGGCUAAACGGUGUCUUUUAGGUUUGGUGAUUGUGGCUAUGGCCAUGGACUUGGCUUCAAGUGAUCCAUUGGCCCCAUGUUAUUUCAUUUUCGGUGAUUCUUUGGUAGACAGUGGCAACAACAACCAGCUGUCGUCCUUAGCAAGGGCUGAUUACUUCCCUUACGGUAUCGAUUUCCCUUUCGGUCCGACAGGAAGGUUCUCCAAUGGCAAAACCACCGUUGAUGUCAUCGCUGAGCUUCUGGGUUUCGAGGAUUAUGUUACACCAUACCUCGCUGCGAGGGGACAAGACAUACUCAGAGGAGUUAACUAUGCUUCCGCGGCUGCUGGUAUCAGGGAAGAAACUGGACGACAACUGGGAGGGAGAAUAACGUUUGCAGGGCAAGUGAACUAUCAUGUGGAAACGGUGUCACAAGUGGUAAACAUAUUGGGAGAUGAGAACCAAGCGGCUAAUUACCUCAGCAAAUGCAUUUACUCCAUUGGAUUAGGAAGCAAUGACUAUCUGAACAACUACUUCAUGCCUCUCUAUUACUCCACCGGAAACCAGUUUUCUCCCGAGCAAUAUGCCGAUGACCUCAUCAACCGCUACACCGAGCAGCUUCGGGUAUUGUACAACAAUGGUGCGAGGAAGUUUGCUCUUGUGGGGAUAGGGGCGAUAGGGUGCAGCCCGAACGAGCUAGCACAGAACAGCCAAGAUGGCAGGACGUGUGACGAGAGGAUCAACCAAGCGAACAGAAUGUUCAACGCGAGGUUAAUCUCUCUGGUCGACGAGUUCAACCAGAACACUCCCGAUGCUAAGUUCACUUACAUCAACGCUUACGGCAUCUUCCAAGAUAUCGUCAACAAUCCCGGCCGCUACGGAUUCAGGGUGACAAACGCUGGAUGCUGUGGAGUCGGGAGGAACAACGGACAGAUAACAUGCCUGCCUGGUCAAGCUCCAUGUCUGAACAGGAACGAGUUUGUGUUCUGGGACGCGUUUCAUCCGGGCGAAGCCGCGAACAUCAUCAUCGGCAGAAGAUCUUUCCGAGCCGAGUCCCCUAACGACGCUCACCCUUACGAUAUCGAGCGCCUCGCCAUGCUCUAGAUCUAGAUCGAUGCCGAUGAAAACCUUACUUAUAUAUCAUGUAACAGGGAAGCCAUUGGAGAGGAAACAGCCGCAUGGCUACUAGUCUGAAGGGGCAAAGACUGGGUCCCAGAGAGAAGGUUUUCCUUGGGCAAAGACGGACAAAACAGCGUCUAUUGGUGAGCGCCGGAAUGACGAAA